AUGAACACAUACAUUGUCCAGUUUGACGAAAAGAGGGAAGGUAAGGAUGUCCCAGCGCUUAUGUACGACGAAACCUGGAAGAUCGUCGACAGUAUGGGUGGUUCCGUCCUACACAAGAUGACCACCGCUGUGGUCCCAGGUCUGGUCAUCAACCUACCAGAAAAGGUCGUCGGUGACUUCACGUCGAAGGUCAUGGACAUGGGUUCCUCGAAGGGUGUGAAGGUCAACGUCGAAAAGGACCAGAAGGUGCACGCCAACGCUAAGGAAGAGAAGUAA